AUGUCCGCCGGAUCAGCAGCCCACGGUGCCCUCACAACCGUCCUAUCCAAUUUAUUUGUCUCCCUCCCCAUCCCCAAGACCAAUCUCGAUGGCCAGACAUACAUCGUAACCGGCUCCAACACCGGUCUCGGGUUCGAAUCAAGUCGACACAUCAACAAACUCGGUGCCGAGAAAUUGAUCAUGGCAGUGCGGAGCAUCUCCAAGGGCGAGACAGCCAGGGCCGAGAUCCUACGCUCAACGGGCCGUGAGGAGAGUUCCAUUGAAGUAUGGGAGUUGGACAUGGGCAGUCACGAAUCUAUCAAGAAUUUCGCCGCUCGUGUCGCGACUACUCUGCCGCGUGUGGAUGGUGUCCUUGCCAAUGCCGGGAUUAUGGUUGACAAGUUUAGGGUUGUGGAAAGGGACGAAAGCAUGCUUGCCAUCAACGUGGUCGGCAUUUUCUUGCUGUUUGCGUUGCUGGUUCCGAAGCUGCGUGACUCUGCGGAAAAAUUCAGAAUUGCACCACGAUUCACAAUCCCGAAUUCUGGGUUGCAUUACAUGGCUUCGUUGAAGGAGUUGGAAGACAAGAAUGGCCGGGGCAUAUUCAACGCCCUAAAUGACUCCAAGACGGCCAAUAUUGGAGAUCGAUACAACGUGUCCAAGUUGCUGGUUAUCUACGCCUGUCGUGAACUAGCAGACAAAAUCAAUGGGUCAGCGAAGGCUUCGUCAACGGCAAUCAUCAUCAACACACCUAAUCCUAGUUACUGUAAAUCAGCGCUACAACUAGGCACGGAGCUAGGGGGGACUAGGGCGGCAAAAGUCUUUGAGAAGGUAUUGGCGAGAACCACGGAGGAAGGAAGCCGGACUCUAGUGCAUGGAGUGAUUUCAGGGCCGGAGACGAAUGGGCAGUAUUUGACUAAUUGUCAUGUUCAGAUUCCCUCAUCUUCUGUGACCAGUGCAAAGGGAGCUCGUAUACAGAAGCUUUUUGUUGGAGAGUUGGUCGAUAGAUUGAUCAGGAUUGCACCGGAGAUUUCGACCUAUCUCAAGUAA